AUUAGUCUAUAGAAUGUUGUCUUAAUUUGUCUUAAUGGUAAUCAAGAUGUUUUCUGAUCAAUGGGAGGCCAUUUUUCUUACAUCAGCAAAGGUUUCUUAUUGCUUUUCUCCCAUCUCUUUUUAAAUUGAAUUCUGCACUGUAACCGGAGUUUCUGAUUCCCAGCUGCUGAAUCUGCUAGGCUGUAGAAUCAUUAACUUUUAUGACACACUCUUAUAACACGUCCGCAUGCUCUUCGUGUUUCAGUCUUGCUGGUUUCAUUUUCCUUGUUGGUAAACAGAAACUUAGGCGCUCAGCUGAUCACUCCUCCCUCCCACCCUCCGUCCCUCUAGUCUAUUUAAGACUGGCUCUGCUGAGCAAACUGCAGCUCACAGAUAACAACUCACAACUUGUGACAGGAUGAUGCUCCCUUCACUGGCCGAGUCUCUGAAAGCGCUGCUGCAGCUAUGCAUCAGCACCAUCCACUCGAUACUUGCCGGCGUCUUUUCAAAAGUCUGUUUCUGGAACGGAGGGGCAAAGAGAGGGAUAAACUCUUCGACUGCGAGCGAGGAACUGGACCAGAAGAGAGAGCAGUCUGCGCCCAUUCCUACAAGCGUUAAUUAUCACUUCACUCGCAAGUGCAACUACAAAUGUGGCUUUUGCUUCCACACUGCAAAAACCUCCUUCGUUCUGCCUCUCGAAGAAGCCAAGAGGGGACUCAAACUUCUGAAAGAGGAUGGGAUGGAAAAAAUCAACUUUUCAGGAGGAGAGCCCUUUCUACAUGAGAGGGGUGAGUUCUUGGGGAAAAUGGUCCAGUACUGCAAGGUGGACCUGCAGCUCCCCAGCGUCAGCAUUGUCAGCAAUGGAAGUAUGAUCAAGGAAAAGUGGUUCCAGAAAUAUGGUGACUACUUGGACAUUCUAGCAAUCUCUUGUGACAGUUUUAAUGAAGAGACCAACCAGUUGAUUGGGAGGACUCAAGGCAGGAAGAGCCACCUGGACAGCCUUUACAAAAUCCGCAGUUGGUGCCAGCAGUACAAAGUGGCCUUCAAAAUCAACUCGGUCAUCAACACCUUCAACAUCGACGAAGACAUGACAGAUCAAAUCCAGCAGCUGGACCCUGUUCGCUGGAAGGUGUUCCAGUGUCUGUUGAUUGAUGGAGAAAAUGCAGGAGAAACGGCCUUAAGAGAGGCGGAGAAGUUUGUCAUCAGCGACCAGCAGUUUCAGGAGUUUCUUGGCCGGCAUAGCAGAGUCUCUUGCCUGGUUCCCGAGUCCAAUGAGAAGAUGAGGAAUUCCUACUUGAUCCUGGAUGAAUAUAUGCGUUUCCUGGACUGUCGAGAUGGCAGCAAACAUCCGUCCAGAUCCAUCCUCGAUGUGGGAGUGAAGGAAGCCAUUUGCUUCAGCGGCUUUGAUGAGAAGAUGUUUUUCCAGAGAGGGGGGAAGUACGUUUGGAGCAAAGCGGACAUGAAGUUGGAGUGGUAACGGCACCACGCUUGACCCCCCCCUCUCUGGGACAAUAUGUAAAUAGGUUUCAUCUUUGCACCUAUGGCUGCGUGUGACUUUAAAAGAAGAAUUCAAUCACAAAUAUUAAUAAUGCUUUGAUUAAGGUAGAAUUCUGACUUACUGUUAUAUUUUCAUAUUUGGCUGUUUCUGCCUUAAGGUCACAGUGUUGUUGUUGUUUUUUUUAAGUUUUGUAAUAAGCUAAGCAUGCAUUAACGUUUUUGUAAAUAGAAGCUGAAAAUCCUUAAAUGUAAGCUUCUGUUUGAGAAGAAUAAACUUUUUAAACUGAG